CAGCUUGUUUUCGCAUUUACACAAAACAAAACAAAAAUGCCGAACUCAGUGCAACGGAGAAAUUGAAAAUUAUCAAAAAAUCACUGUUACUAAUCGUUUUUCACGCCAAAAAAUGGAUAUUCUGCAUCCUCAUUUACUCAGCAAACAAGAGCUAUUGGACAUAUUUCGACAGCGCCACAUUUCGAUCCCUCGCCUGGAGGAAUCGACACGCGAUGAGCUGAUCAGUCUCUACUCGAAAUAUCUUCUACCGUUGCCACGAAGGGGAGGAUCCUCCAGCAACCCCCCAGAUAGCUCCUCCCUCCCGCAAGACGUCGAAAUGGCCGAUGCUUGCUCUAAAUCCACCAAUUCGAACGGUGACAGCCGAAGACCGGGCUCGAACGUACGAAAUCGGAUCGUAUACUCCGACAGCCCGGUGGACAACGUAAGCCACGGCAUGAAACGGAUCAAACUGAUCAAUACCGGCGGAGGGGGAGCAAUUGUGGCCAGCAGUCCCAAACCGGUCAUGGUGAAACGAACGCUGGAGAUUAGCCCUGGUAAAAGCAGCUCGAUGGGGAGUGCGGUCAGUCCAGCUCCCAGCAAACGGCAAAAGAUAACGUGGCCGUAGAUUGGAACCAACCUACGAGGUAAGGUAGGUUGGAUGAUUUAAACUUAAGUAUUGGAUGUGAACAAGUCGACAGGUAAUUUUAGGUAAUAAACGUGAUAUUGAACAUGGUUUCUA